AUGAAGUUAUUCUCGAUUUAUUGUAACUUUGUUCAGCGCGCAAUUAUCUCGUCAACAUCAAAAUUUGAAGCCUUCAUCGCUUUUACCUAUAAAAAGUAUCAGGUCACUUCCCCUAUGGGUUUGCGAAACAACACCAAUUAUUUGCAAAUUUUAGAAGGUAGUAAUGCUAAAUACUCAACCAGUGUAUCCAAAACCCUUCUACGUAAAAUAGUUACAAAAAUUAAGAAAGAGAAUCAUUGCGUUCUUGAUGCCGCAGAUAAAUUUGAACUUAGAUUUGUCAAUCAUACUUUUUCAGCAAGCUUUUGGCUACUUGGAUACGCAAAAGUGCUCAGCUUAUGCUACCCAGGGCAUAGACUAGGUAUUUGCCAAGGCUUUAACUUCGGUGCAACUGCGGCUGGAUUAUGUGGGCAAUUCUUUUGUAUGCCUGCAAAUAACUACCAAAGCUCUCCAUCAUUUAAAAAAAUUGAUGAUUUGUCAGUAAAAAUUCAAAGGGAAUUGUGCAAAUCACCUAAGUUGGGUUUUUGUUUCAUUUUUGCUAAAUAUGGUGCUAAAGCUAAAGCCAGUAUUUCAAUAAAAUUCACAUCAAGGGAGGCGGUGUUCAUUCCAGUGAGUAGAAAUGGUGUUUCAAAAAAUAUCAUAUCUUCCACCGAAGUAGUUCCUCAAUUCCAACAAUUAGUUAGUCAGAUGAUUUAA